AUGAGCAAGUCCAAUAACUAUCGGGAUGUUUUCUGUGAGGGCAAGCAGAAUGCUACUGCUACUGCUGCCGUUACAACUACCAAGUCCACUGGCACGAGCACUUCGACCUCCAGCGGGAAGACUUCAACUUCGACUCAUAAUGCGGCUGUCCCGAAUGCGCCUCUUUCGAUGGGUGGGGUGGGUGUGAUUGCGAUGCUGUUCUGCUCUGCGCUGAUGGGUGUCUUUGCUUAA